AAAGUUAAAACAGUGAAAAAGAGUUACCGUAACCCUAAACCUAUUUCCCUAAACCAACAUUGAGAGUAACUCCGAUCGGGGCACCGCGAAUAAAUAAAAACAGAUUGGAGGGGCAAAUCAGGGAAAACAAAAAUAAUUAUACCACGUUCAAGUUCACGUUCGUUUUGCGUUAGGGAGAAACCUUUUUUUUUCUUUUUUCCUUUGCUUGGAGAGAAAGAGAAGGAAAGCGCGAGACAAUAAAAAAAGAGGAGUUGCAGAGGUCCAUCGAAGGGGUUUAAGGUCCGCCAUUGUAAGCUCUCUGCAAUAGAAUAGCUUCGUACGUGUGACCUCUCUCUUCUCGAUACAGACCGUAUCUUUUCGCUGCGUUUCCUUGAAGCGCGAAACGAGUAAUAAAUAAAAGGUGUUUUUAUAGUUAUUGAUAAAUAGAGAUAUUAAAAGAAGUUGCAUUUUGGCAUUUGAGAGAGAAGAGAUUGGAUCUUCUCGAAGGCAACGACGACAUUCUAUUGGAAUUUAAAAGAAUUUGUUUGUUUGAUUGAUUGAUGAUACGUACAUUGGCAUUUCGGUGUUGAGAGAACCUAACCUGGGGUUUAUUAGCUUGACACCGGAUCUAAAUCUGACACACUUUUGUGGUUAAUUAUGGUUGCUUCAGAAAAUUUAGAGGUUGGAUCCUUAGUUUGGUUGGAGGAUCCUGAGGUAUCUUGGAUUGAUGGAGAAGUUUUGGAAAUUAACCAUGAAGAGAUUACAGUAAACUGUACAUCUGGAAAGACAGUUGUUGCUAAAGCAUCUGAUGUUCACCCAAAGGAUCCUGAAUUUCCUUCUUGUGGUGUGGAUGAUAUGACAAAGCUGGCAUAUUUGCAUGAGCCAGGGGUUCUGUACAAUCUUAGUUGUAGAUAUUACAAAAAUGAAAUAUAUACUUACACGGGCAAUAUUUUGAUUGCGGUGAACCCUUUUCAAAGGCUUCCUCAUUUAUAUGAUAGUGAUGUGAUGGGACAGUAUAAAGGGGCAGUCAUUGGUGAGCUUAGUCCGCAUCCAUUUGCUGUUGCAGAUUCAGCGUACAGACAGAUGAUUACUGAGGGAAUAAGCCAGGCAAUUUUGGUUAGUGGGGAAAGUGGAGCUGGUAAAACGGAGAGUACAAAGAUGCUUAUGCGUUAUUUGGCCUAUAUGGGAGGGAGAGCUGCAACUGAGGGAAGAUCCGUGGAGCAAAAAGUUUUAGAGUCCAAUCCUGUUUUGGAAGCAUUUGGUAAUGCCAAGACCGUCAGGAAUAAUAAUUCAAGUCGUUUUGGCAAGUUUGUGGAGAUUCAGUUUGAUCAGAGGGGGAGGAUUACAGGAGCUGCCAUUAGGACUUAUUUACUAGAACGGUCCCGUGUUUGUCAAGUGUCUGAUCCUGAGAGAAAUUAUCAUUGCUUUUACAUGCUAUGUGCUGCUCCUCAGGAGGAUAUUGAUAAGUACAAACUGGGAAAUCCUAGGAAGUUUCAUUAUCUCAAUCAGUCAAACUGCUACGAGCUCGAUGGAGUGGAUGAUUCCGAUGAGUAUCUCACUACUAGGAAGGCUAUGGAUGUUGUUGGGAUAAAUGCUGAUGAGCAGGAUGGAAUAUUUCGAGUUGUGGCUGCAAUACUACAUCUAGGCAAUGUUGAGUUUGAAAAAGGAGAUGAAGCAGAUUCUUCUCAACCCAAAGACGAUAAUUCUCGAUUCCAUCUCAAGAUGGCUGCUGAACUGUUCAUGUGUGAUGGAAAGUCUCUUGAGGACUCCUUGUGCAAACGUGUGAUAGUGACUCGUGAUGAGAGCAUAACAAAAUCACUUGAUCCAGCCGCUGCCACUGUCAAUAGAGAUGCUUUGGCAAAAAUCGUCUAUUCGAGGUUAUUUGAUUGGCUUGUGAACAAGAUUAAUAACUCUAUUGGUCAAGACCCUGAUUCUAAAUCAUUAAUUGGGGUUCUGGACAUAUAUGGAUUUGAGAGUUUUAAGACAAACAGUUUUGAGCAAUUUUGUAUAAAUUUGACUAAUGAAAAGCUGCAGCAACAUUUCAACCAGCAUGUUUUUAAGAUGGAGCAAGAAGAAUAUACAAAAGAAGAAAUUGAUUGGAGUUAUAUAGAAUUCAUUGACAAUCAAGAUGUCCUUGAUCUCAUUGAAAAGAAACCUGGAGGCAUCAUUGCUCUUCUUGAUGAGGCUUGUAUGUUUCCCAGAUCAACACAUGACACAUUUGCACAAAAGCUCUAUCAGACUUUUAAGGACCAUAAGCGCUUUAGCAAGCCUAAGCUGGCACGUAGUGACUUCACCAUUAGUCAUUAUGCUGGUGAUGUAACAUACCAAACUGAAUACUUUUUGGAUAAGAACAAAGAUUAUGUUGUUGCAGAGCACCAAGCUCUCCUUAGCGAGUCCAAGUGCUCCUUUGUUUCAGGCCUGUUCCCACCAUUACCUGAGGACUCUGCCAAAUCGUCGAAGUUCUCAUCUAUAGGCUCUCUGUUUAAGCAACAACUGCAAGCUUUGCUUGAAACACUGAGUGCCACUGAGCCGCACUACGUUCGCUGUAUAAAACCAAAUAAUGUAUUAAAGCCAGGCAUCUUUGAGAACAGUAAUGUUUUGCAGCAAUUGCGCUGUGGUGGAGUCAUGGAGGCAAUUAGGAUUAGUUGUGCAGGAUAUCCCACUAGGAAGAUGUUUGAUGAAUUUAUUAGUCGUUUUGGCAUCCUGGGACCAGAUGUUCUUUGUGACAGCUAUGAUGGGCCUAGUGCAUGUAAGAGGCUUUUGGAGAAGGCAAAACUUCAAGGUUAUCAGAUUGGCAAAACAAAAGUGUUUUUGAGAGCUGGUCAAAUGGCAGAACUAGAUGCUCGUCGAAAUGAGGUAUUAGGAAAAUCGGCAAGCAUCAUUCAAAGAAAAGUCCAUACAUAUUUUUGUCGCAAAAGCUUUAUUUUACUGCGGCAGUCCGCCAUCAAUAUUCAAACAUUAUGCAGAGGUGAAGUAGCACGUCAUCGGUACGAAUAUCUGAGAAGAGAAGCUGCAUGUCUAAAAAUUCAGACAAAUUCUCGGAGGUACUUUGCUAGGAAAGCUUACAACAGACUGUGCUAUUCAGCUGUUUCUAUUCAGACAGGUUUGCGUGGAAUGGCUGCUCGUAAUGAGCUUUGCUACAGGAAGAAGACAAGAGCUGCAAUUAUAAUCCAGAGUGAAUGCCGAAAAUACUUUACCUCCCUUCACUAUUUGAUGUUAAAGGAAGCAACAAUCAUCACACAGUGUGCCUGGAGAAGAAGAGCUGCACGUAGAGAACUACGGAAACUUAAAAUAGCUGCUAAGGAGACUGGUGCUCUCCAAGAGGCCAAGAGUAAGCUGGAACAGCAAGUUGAAGAACUUACGUGGAGUCUGGAAUUGGAAAAGAAAAGGAGGGCUGACUUUGAGGAAGCCAAAAUACAGGAAAAUGAAAAAUUGCAUUCUGCUUUACAAGAGAUGCAACUUGAAUUCCAAGAAACUAAAGCCCUGCUCUAUAAGGAACGUGAGGCUGCAAAAAAAGUCAUUGAACAUGUCCCUGUCAUACAGGAGGUCUCAGUUGUUGAUCAUGAAAUAGUGAAUAAACUUACUGCUGAAAAUGAGAUGCUUAAGGCUAUGGUAAAUUCACUCGAAAAGAAAAUUGAUGAAACAGAAAGGAAGUUUGAAGAAACGAAUAAGCUUAGUGAAGAACGGUUAAAGCAGGCUUUGGAUGCAGAAAAAAAGAUAAUAGAAUUGAAAACUGCCAUGCAAAGGCUUGAAGGGAAAGUUGCUGAUAUGGAAGCUGAGGAUGAAGUUCGCCGGCAGCAAGCAUUGUCCAGUUUAUCAGUCAAAAAAAUGUCAGAACAUGUAGCAAUUACAUCUCAGCCUCUUGAGAAUGGUCAUCAUGAGCCACAAAGUUCUUCACCAGCGAAAAAGUUUGGUACAGAGUCUGACAAAAAAUUGAGGAGAUCUCAGAUUGAGAGGUUACAUGAGAAUGUUGAUUCUCUAAUUAAAAGUGUGGAGCAAAAUCUCGGUUUUAGUGAAGGAAAGCCUAUUGCAGCAAUUACUAUAUAUAGAUGCCUUGUUCAUUGGAGAUCAUUUGAAGCAGAAAAAACUAGCGUAUUUGACCACCUUAUUCAGACGAUUGGUUCUGCGAUGGAGAACCCAGAUAACAAUGAUCACAUGGCUUAUUGGCUAUCUAAUACAUCUAUGCUAUUGUGCUUACUUCAACGAACUUUAAAAGGAAGUCAAAAGCCGCCUGUUCCAUCAUCAUUUUUUGGCAGGGUGACUCAAAGUUUCCGUUCGUCCCCUUCUUCUGCCAACCUAAAAGUUGGUAAAGAUGCGAUACAGAUGGUUGAGGCUAAAUAUCCAGCUUUGCUAUUUAAGCAGCAGCUUACUGCUUACGUGGAAACGUUGUAUGGAAUCAUUCGAGAGAAUUUAAAGAAAGACUUAUCACCGCUGCUUUCUUCCUGUAUCCAGGUACCCAGUGCAUCAGAGGGAAACGCUUCAAAUUCUGCUCCAGCUAAUCACUGGAACAGCCUUGUUGAGAGCCUGGAUGGGAUGCUAUCUAAACUCAAAGAGAAUUUUGUACCUCCAAUUCUUGUUCAGAAGAUCUUUACUCAAAUUUUCGCACACAUCAAUGUGCAGCUGUUUAAUAGUCUUCUUCUUCAUCAAGAGUGCUGCACAUUUGGCCACGGAAAAUAUGUGAAGGAUGGGUUGGCAGAAUUAGAACUUUGGUGUGGUGAAGCAAAAGAAGAGUACGUAGGGUCAUCUUGGGAUGAACUUAAACAUACCAGGCAAGCCGUUGGAUUCUUGGUUAUACAUGAGAAGUCAGUAAUAUCCUAUGAUGAAAUUACAUGUGAUCUUUGCCCUGUUUUGAGUAGUCAACAGCUUUAUAAAGUAUGCACGCUAUUCUGGGAUGACAACUCCAAUACACAAAGUGUUUCCCCAGAUGUCCUUUCCAGCAUAAAAGCUCUGACAGAUGAUUCCAACAAUGACAAAAGCAAGUCCUUUUUGUUGAAUGAUGAUUCCAGUAUCCCCUUCACUGUUGAGGAGGUUUCUAGUUCUCUCCAAGAUAAUGAUUUUUCACAUGUAAAACUUGCUCCGGACCUUCUCGAGAAUCCAGACUUCCAAUUUUUACAGGAAUAAGGCUGCGGUUCUUUUAGCAUUCUUUCUCGUCUUCAACAUUUUUGUCAAGAUUCAAAUGCUCCUGCAUUUGAGAUUCUAGUCAAUGCCAUACAGUAAAUCCGCAUCCAUUUCCUUUUUGUGUUUCCCCCGUCAUUUUAAUAUCGAUUGCCCCUGAUGUAAUAUCAUUCUUAUAAAUUAGAGUUGUAAAAAUCUCAUUAGAUUGGUUCUCGUAGUUAUUAGGGCUUUAUAGUGUUUACCUUUUCUUUAUUAUUUAUUUUUCUCUUACACCACUUUAAUCUUAAAGGUCACUUUGGCCAGCAUUCUUUUUAGGAACGGUAGGAAGAAAAGGAGUUGGAUGUAGUAGUAUUUUGGGGAGCUGAUCUUAGAGACAAUUUGGUCUUCCCAAAAUUCAUGUUGUACAAAGUUAUGAAACAGGGCUUAUUGUUUUUGUCUUAAAAGAUACUUAUAGUCAAUUGCACAACAGUUGUAAACAAAUUUACUUCCUAUUUAACUGCAAGUUCCAAGCUGGC